AUCACACAGUAUUACACGCAAGAGGAAGCCUCUAUCUUUAGGAUUUGUUUCUAAAGCCUUCACCGAAGCCUGGUCGAAGAGGAUCCUCACGCACCGGAACAAGUCAAGUAAAAAUGUCUGCCUUGUACACAACUGUGAGUGACAGACCAGCACUGCAUCGACGUGAUUGUGAAGAAUCCGAGAACACCCGGAGAAGAUAUCACUCGCAUUAUGCGGUGAAGCGUGCAACGGAGCCAGCGAGGCAGGUCACGCCCAGGGAGAGCCCGCCCGAAUCGAACCCGCAACCCCCCCCUGUAGACGACUGCGAGAGACUGGGGACUCUGUUCGGCGAGCUGAACAAGUGCCUCCGAAAUGUGGGCUUCACCCAGGUGUACUUUGGGGAGAAGAUCGUGGAACCGGUCGUGGUGGUGUUUUUCUGGGUGAUGUUGUGGUUUCUGGGGAUUCAGGCCCUUGGAUUGGUUGGCGCUCUCUGCAUCGUCAUCAUCUACAUCCAGAAGUAACGUUGGGAGGCGGAUGUCCGACAUGGCGGAGAAAUCCCUCGGUGGAGGGGGGGGGGGGGGGGGGCUCUGUCCGCAGAAUGCUCGAUUCCGUUGUGCUUUCGAUGGCUCCAGAGUUGCAGCCUUCAGGGAAUUGCAUAUCAGGUAGUGAGACAUGGUGAUGUCACAGAACGAGAAAUGGGCGGGCUGACCACCGAUUCGAACCUGCCAUUGUUUUUCUUUUCGGUGGAUGGCAAAUUCAAUCCUUUCGUUCAAAAAAAAGAAAAAUAAUUGAGAGCCGAAUGCACAUUUGUUUUGAGCCAUGGAAACUCAGUCUCACAUCAAAAGUGCCAAGUUGAAUGUUAUUUAUAAUAAAACAAAAUAAUAUAUAUAUAUAUAUAUAACCAAAUAUAUAUGAGGUUUCUGAAGCGGGAGUAAUUUAUUUAAAUUAUUAAAAUGGAGAAAUUAUAUAUAAUCUCGUUUGGAUGAUGAAUUCAGAUUUGUAAAUUGCACAGAUGGUUCUUUCCUGAAAGUAUACUGCAGGGGUGCUUUUGGGCGAAGUAUGAAAUCCAGUUGGAAGGACCCUGCAUGUAUGAAGAUGUUUUAAUUUUAUGUUUUGGGAGACUACGUCAUCAUGCCGUUCAAGAGUAGAUUGGUGAAAUGGCCCCAGAGAUGCCUUGGUCGAGGGGUAACGAGGCUUAUCGUGGGGAUGUUGUGUGAGAGGCCGCCUACUAGUUCUCACCCAGGGGUUAGCAACCCCGGUCUUGGAGAGCUGCAGGAUCUGCUGGGUUUUGUUUUCAUCUGAAAAUGAUCAACUGCUUUCAUUGAUCGGUUAAGUGCUGGGCAACAACGAAAGCCAGCACACCCUGCAGCUCUCUAGGAUCCAGGUUGCUGACCCCUGUACUAGUCCUAACCCUUUGGGCUACUUCAGUUAGCUCCUGAAGCUCUCUGAACACUAACUAGGAUGGGGAGUCUUGGUUUCUUGGUUAAUGACUCCAAGCCCCCCCACCCCACAACUAUUGUGGGAGGGUGGUAUAUGGUCUCAAAAAAGUAGGGAAGAUAAUGUAUAUGGCCAAACAAACUAAAUAAUUUUACUGUAAAUCCAAUACACCUGAAUGUAAUUAAAGCAUUUAACAGGGCUAUUACUGAUAAAAAAGGUAUAGGCAUGGUUGGACAGAAUGGGCUUUUCAUUUUAAAUCAUACUCAUAAAUCAUAUUCUCAAUCUAUGUAUUCUAUACAUGAUGCAUAUCUCUAUAUUCACUUUGUGUUUCAUGUCUGUUAUUGGUGUGCAGUGGAGAAAAAACAAUGGUUGGCUUGGUCAGUGAAAGUGGUUAGUUUGAAAGCUCUGAGACAUAAAAUAAAAUCAAAACCAUAAGAAGCGGAAACGCCAGCCUGCUUUAAAUGUUGGUUCUUUGAUGGACGGUUUAGCUGAAGAUGUACAGUAAAUCCAUAAUAGAUGAAGGUUUCUAUAAUCAGCUGAGCAUGCCUUUUCAAUCCUUCUGCAUGCUGCGAUGCAGAGAUGUUUUCAAACGGACAGGGUUUUUUUAAUGGGUUGCAUGGGUCGGUCUGAAAAACGGUAUCGGAUACGAGAAAUCGUGACACUCGGCUCAAUUUGUCUCGCUAAUUGUGGAGGUCACACUGCACCCUUGUUUGUAGUAGCUAUUUCUGGCUAGGAUGAGCGCCCUUCGAUCAACACCCAUUGGCUUAAUGUUCUUCUUAAGAAGUCGCGUGUGAACCCUACCUUGGUAAACCCCAAAACAGGGCUGGCUUUCCGUUGCUGGCCUCCUUAUCCUUGGUAUGCGAUUUCGAUUAUGUGCCUACUUUAAACCAGGGGUUAAUAUUUAACUACUUCUGAUUAUGUGGCUGCUCUUAGGUCGGACCUGAAGCAGACUUUUGACUUUCAUUUUACACACUGUGACACUCCCUUGGAGACCGAUGUCAUAUCUUAUCGUGUUCUGUGGUAUUCAGGUUUAGCACUUUGUUUCCGGAUCCAGACUAUAAGUGAAGGAGCGAAACGCACCUUCACUGUUCACUGUUGUCCUCAGAGUGCCACAGGACAUGCAAGUCCUAGUUAUUCAGCACUUGAUUGACACAUUAAAGCAGCUUGUUACAGUUAGCUCAUACAGCCACCUACAGCUCUCAAACUGCCGGGCUAAACACCUCCGAACUGGCAUGGCAGCGUACAGAAAUAAAUCUACUUUCCCAAUGUAGUACAGUACAGGGCUGUCAUAUGCCAUGGUGGUAAGGAAGAUUACAUACUGUAUACAGUAAAUAAGAUUAUUUAAUAAGUACUGACAAUCCUCUGUUACUGUAAGACCAAAGUGCAUUCUCGAUCCACAUUAAUCAUGAACAUAAGGAUUUGUUAGCCUGGGGAAAACUGUGGGCCAGCAAUCAGUAACAAGAUCAGAAAUUGUAUUUACAAAACAAGAUGGACAGCUCCUGUAUCUCUUCCACCCUUUACUUCUGUAGUUCUUUGGCUGUUUGGUGUUCAUAAAAUUUGGACAAGACAGCCCAUUGUACACCUGAGGGCCAGUGUGUGUUUGCAGGUUUUUGUUUCCACCAAUAGCCAAAAUAAAGUCUGUUUCCACCAAUAACCCUGGCUAAAUGAGCUAACUGGCUGUAUACACCAUUACUGGCUCACUUGUAGAUUAUAUCACAGUGAAACAUUUCAUAUAGGGAUACAAGAACUGUCUUCACCUGUCAGCCAUGUGCUUGGAAAUGUAGGCAAAAUGUCAGAUGGUGUAAAUGUUAGUGCUGCUGAAACAAGACCAGGGACAUGUUCAAUCUGAUAACAUUUUGAACUAUACGUUUUCUCUCAAUGGUGUGCAACGUUUUGCAACAGGUUUUGAGGUAUGUUUGUUCCUGUUUGGUGGGUGUGUCAGCGGUGUAGUUUGAAUCAGUAAUGACGUAGGCCUAUGCUUUAAAGGCUGGAGAACGCCUUGGGAGCAAACCAGGCCUUGUUGGCCAAAGCGAUCAAAUCAUCACCUUUAGUUCCAUGUCACCAUAUCGGAGAAUUGUUCAUAUGUAAACUGUCACCAUGCUGUAUAUUUUCCAUCUGGUUUAGUUUUGUUUGAAGAAAUAUUUUCAUGGGAAAUGGAUCCUGUUUUAACAUUUUUUGUAUUGCAAAUUACUUUAAAAAAAAAAAAAA